AUGAUAAUUCAAAGAAUAAAAUCAAUCUUUAACGUAUUUCUCAUACUUACCUUAGUAUUUCCAAUUAUUCAACAAUUUGCAAUUGGUAAUCAUAUUAAAUUUUUAUAUGUAGCCAAAUUUUCUACAGUUGCUGCUUCAGAAGUAUCUAAUCAAUCUCCACGAAGAAUAAUUGCAGUCGGAGAUUUACAUGGAGAUUACGAGCAAACUCUCGAAGUAUUAAAAAUGUCCAGAAUUUUGGACGAAAAAGAAAAUUGGAUUGGGAAGAACGGAAUUUUGGUCCAAACUGGCGAUAUAGUAGAUAGAGGCCCGGAUUGUUUAAAGAUAUAUAAAUUAUUUGAUAAAUUAAGACAAGAAGCAGAAGAAGUUGGUGGGCAGGUAAUAAAUCUGAUAGGAAAUCAUGAAAUAAUGAACCUUCUUCUAAGUUGGAACUACGUAACACCCGCAGACAUAAGAUCCUUUGGUUCUGUUAAAAACCGCAUCCAUCAAUUUUCCUCAGAAGGCUACAUCGGUAAACUCCUAUUGACCACGUUUCAAACUGCAUCAAUAGUGGAAAAUGAUACAUUAUUUGUUCAUGGGGGACUUGAUCUUAAGUGGGCAAAACUUGGGAUAGAAGACAUAAACAUACUUGGUAAGGGGUUAAUUAAUAAAACGACAAAGAUGUUAAGUAAAGAAAAUCCUACUAUCACUUGGGAUCAGAUGAAUGUUACGAAAGAAGAAGCUAGUAUCUUUAUAGAUAUUGAUGGUCCACUUUGGAUGAGAAAAUACGCUGAAAAAGAUGAUGAAUCUACCAAAAAAAUGGUGAAUGAAGUUUUGGAGGUUUUAAAGGUGAAAAGAAUAGUCAUAGGACAUACUCCAUUAUCAAGCCGUAUAGUAUCAAGGUUUAAUGGUAAAGUAUACGUGAUUGACGUUGGCAUUUCUUCUGCUUAUGGUGGAAAUUUGGCUGCGUUAGAGAUUGUUGGUGAUCAAAUUAAGGAAAUAUAUCCUAGUGCAAUA